AUGAUUGAGAACGUGGACUGGUUUGAAGUGAUUGGGAAUCUGGAGGAGGAUUUGUUUGAUGAUGACGCAUGGCUGUCGGAGCUUUUACGCGAAGAGCCGAAGGAUGGUGUCAACAUUGCAGUGGAAGCUGUGGAAGGUGUUUCGGUGCCCGUUUCUGCCGAAGAGUUGACAUUGGAUCCGUCACUGUUGACUCUCCCGACUUAUACCAACUACCCUCGGAGUUACACUCAAACUUUCGAACCUCAUGAUCUUCCGAUGGACCACGUCUUUCCAGACUUGACUCUGCAGCAACAGAGUGUCUCUACAGAAGAUGAGAUACGAUUCACGCCGAGCACCAACUCGAUUCUGACUCCUGGGUCAAGUGCGCAUUCUCAGAGUCCCCCGAGGACAGUGAAUCAGAGUCGGAAACGCAAACCGCGACCAGACCGAUCAGAUGUUUUGACUACAGAUCUUGCCCCCAGAACGGAAUACAAACUUGACCAGGGCGGUAACCUUCAGGGUGUAUUCACUGUUUCUGGACUCAAUACUAGGGUUAGAGGUCCAUUCACCGAAGAAGCUCGAAAGGCUACUGCAAUGGCAAGAAAGAGGGGUGUUUGUGAAAAGUGUCGCGGGAUGAAAGUUCGAAUGCUCAAGACUGACGAUUCUGAAACGUCCAUGCAUCAGAGUUCUACACGCGACAACAAACUCUACGAUUGGCUUUCUAUCAAGGAUCUCAUGAACUCAAAUUUGAACAUCGACCUCGAUCGACAUACAAUCAAGUUGACCCAAGGAUUUGGCUCUGAAGUGGAAGUCACUGUGUCAAAGUUCCAGCCUUUACCUGGUGACAAGACUUCAUACCCUUGGAGAGACUCUGCAGGAAACCAGCGAAUGCUUGAGCUGCCGCACUACUACAUCGCAGACAUGGAUAGUCAUCAGAGGGUCAUUGACGAGUACAAUCAGAAGUCGUAUCUGGUGUAUAUUCAGCGGCUUCUCAAAGGGAAGAGUCCUUUGAUGAUUUGGACGCUUCAAGAAGCGAUUCGAUUCUCGGAAACUCACAAGAGCUCCCUUGUCAAAGACAGUCUACGACUCUGGGCUGGAAGUCGUCUCACCGAACUGCCGUGGAUGAUAUGCGGCGAACAUACACUCGGUCAGAUUCCAGUUCAGGAUCUCGAAUGUCCCCGCACAGGUACAAUACCGAUUCCUCCGAUCAUGGACACGCAAAUGGACCAUCUUGUCAUCAAAAACAUCAUGACUCCACUGCGCCAACGGAUCCUCGAAGGUCUGCAAGCAAAGAUCAUGGAGAAGAAGCGCGAGAAUUGGUACGAGAUUUAUCUCACAACCUUUGUACUUCUCAGCAACAUGGAGCGCCAGUUUGCACAGGUUUUGUACAUCAUCGACUGGUAUGGAAUGGAGAGCCGAUUCGGGACAAGGGGAAACUCCUCCGUCAGCGAAUCAUUCAUUCACUCGUGCAAAACGCUACUGGCAUUCUUUCACUAUGCUGGUGGAAGUCAUAAACCACUUGCUCUUGAUUGGAAAGGUCCAAAGGCGCCUAUUGGGAUCAUGACGCAGCAGCAGGCUGAGUAUUUGGAUAAAACUCAGAAGCAGAUUGACCGCGAAGGCGAGAAUUUGACGGGCUUAAAGACAGGGUCGAUUUAUGAGAAGGAUAUGUACUGGUGUCAUCAAUUGUUGCUGGGGGAUUGCAAGGUGGAUGAGCAGAAUGAUAGGGAGAUUGAUGAACUCAAGGAGGAGGACUACAUUUUUCACUGA